CUCGAACCGGUAACCUUCCGAUUACAAGGCGAACUCCCAACUCUUGAGCCACGAUCGCCCGGGAAUUAAUGCAAUCAAGUUCACAAUUCAUUUCUAAAGUCAAGUUAAAAGGAGGUUAAGGAGAUUAAGAAAUAAAUGCAUAACAAUUCAAGAAAAACAAAAAUGUCACAAACAAAUGAAACAGAAAUUGAAGUUUCCAGUGCAGAACAAGCUGCAGAAGCAGAGCAAGUGGAUGAAACCUGUUUAGAGCAAAGAGUGGAAGUAGAGCUGCAUAGAAGUGAAAGGCCUCACAUGCUCAGAGAAAAGGGAAAAGAAUUCCAUAAAGAAAGGAUACAAUGGCUUCAACGCUGCUUUGACAGUAUUUAUGACAGAUGCAAAGCAUUAAUCAAAGUUGCAAAAAAUCUGUUUAAAAGGAGAUCCACUUGACAUUCUUGAAGGUCACAUGAACAUUGUACAAAGAGAAGUAGCCAAGCUUAAUGAUAUUUAUGAUGAGUAUAGAGCAAUGGAUGGACCACCUCAUGAUAUGCAUUCCAAGCUAGACAAAUCCACCUCAGUGACUACAGUGAUUUUACAAAACAUCAAAGGUCACAUUAAAGGAGAAAAGCAAGAGGAGAUUGUAUGGCCUGAUCCUAGCUGUAUAUUUACAUCCUCUUGCUCUGUUAGUGUCUCAGUUCAUAGCCAGUUUAAAGCCAAUAGAGUUAUUUCUAAUGGCUCCUCCACCAAAAGACAAGAAGCUGCAGUGGAGUAUGAAGCCACAAAGGCUUUGCUUCAGAUUAAGACUGAACAAGAGAAAUACAGAGAAAAAGUACAAUUGCGUGAAGAAGAAAAGAAACGCUUUACUGCAGAACAAGAUGCUGCUGCAAUGUCACAAUGCCUCCUAGAGGAGAAGGAGGAAACUGAGGCAUGUUAAAAGAGAAAAGAAGAAAGCAGCUGUGAUAAAGCGACAACAAGAGGAAGGUGCUGCAUUGAGAAAGUCAUUUGAGGGCUUGAAAAGAGAAAUUGAAAGAUGGAAAAUCUAAAAGGAUUCAAGGCAGCAAAAGCAGAACUACAAGUUUACGAGGAAGACUACUUUUCAGUGAAGCAAGAAAGAGUCACUCCUGCAACCACCCCUGCAAACGUACAGGUAACAGAGUUCAACAAUGCUACUAAUCAACCCUCAGAACUAAAAAGAGAGGUAAACAUCACUCAUUGGAGCGCAGGUGAGCUUGUAAAGGUUUUGGCAGAAGCAAUGUCAGCUAAUAGACUACCUAUUCCAGAGCCCUCUGUAUUUAGUGGGCAUUUACUUAAGUUUAAGCAUUGAAAAGCAUCUUUUCAGGCUCUAAUAUUGUGAAGGAACAUUCCCACUGCAGAAAAGAUAUUUGUCUUACAGAAGUAUGUUGGCAGCUGUGAAGCCUUAGAUGGGUAUUUUCUGAUUGGCUCUGAAGAUUCAUAUGAGGCAGCAUGAACGUUAUGAAGGGCCUUUUGUCAAUAGCUAACGCCUUUAGGGACAAUUUACACUCUUGGCCAAAGGUCACAGGAAAAGAUGUAUUGCAAGUAUUGCAUGUAAUCCCAUUAUAUCAUAUCAAACCAUAAGACAAAGUGACUUUAACAAAUCAAACACAAAACCUCAACCUAGUAUCUGUAAGGUGCUCAUUUCUGCCACUAAGCAUGGGUCAGUUGACGAGGUAUGUUAUAUAUGUUAUGUAGAUAAUUUUAUGUCUCUAUUUUACCCAUUUUACUGUUGUGUUUUAUGUUGUUAACUGUAUGUUGUGUUUUAGUUCAAUCAGUUUGUGAUCAAGGUGAUGCUGUAACAAUAUCAUCCCCAUUAUCCUGAUCACCAGUGACAAGAAUUCUAAGAAAAAAAGCUCCGUCUCCAAUCCACUUGAAGAUACAGAAUUUUUUCUUCAGGAUUCUGGAAAUACAACAACAACAAACAAAUGGAAAUGAUGCCCCCACUUUUUUGCGAAUCAAACAUUGAGCUCAGCUGUACCAAAAAUGCCUCUGGUCGUGAUGGACUACGUCUGGACCCAGACGGAGACGACGCUUUACAUUAAUGUGCCUCUAAAAGGAACGAAAGCCGGGAAGGUAGACAUUGUCUGUACGGACGAUUACCUCAAGGUGCAUUUCCCCCCUUAUCUGUUUGAAGCCUUCUUGUUUGAGCCUGUUGAUGAUGACAGAAUCGCAGUAAGGGUUGCAAAUGGAUGUGCAGUCAUCACUUUGCCAAAAAGGACCAACAAAGUGUGGGAGCAUCUGAUGAUAAGUACAGAUAAUAAAGAAAAAAUGGAGAUCAGACAGAGGGCUCUGUUAAAAUACCACGAAAAGCUUUCUUCAGAGUCUAUAAGCAAGGCAGCAAAACAACAAGCAGAUAACAAAUAUGCUCUGGAGACAGUGAUAAAGCUUGAAAAAGAGGAACGAGACAGUAUCCAGAAGAUAAAGGACGCAGAACAAGAGAAAACCACACAAGAGUUGGCUGCAUGGCAUUUCAGACAACAACAAAAAGCAGAGCAGGAUGUCCAGCUGAAAUUGCAAAGUGAAAAAGCCAGAUCACGCCAACUAAGAACAGAGACAGAGAGGCAGAAAUGUGGACCUUCUGACCAAGAAAAAAUGAAAUUGGAUCAAAGAAGCAACAGUAAUGCAAAGAGCAAGAAAGCACAAGAUGAACUCCCUCCUCCAAGACACAGAGGAAACAUUCAAGUUACAUUCACCCCAAGAAUCUUUCCAACAGCUCUCAGAGAGUCCAGACUUCCAGAGGAGGAGGAGUGGCUGAGAAAACAAGCUGAAACCUGGCGAAAUGUGGAUGUUGAUGAUCUAAAAGACCUGAAGGAAGAGGAGGGGAACCCUUACUGGUUAAAGGACAAAGGAGACAAAUGUUUUGCCACUGGGGACUUCCUGGGAGCAGUGAAUGCCUAUAGCUUGGCUAUCAGGCUCAUGGGGAAGAUCCCUGCUUUGUAUUCAAACAGGGCCGCAUGCCAUCUGAAGUUAAGGAAUUUUCACAAGGCCAUUGAAGACUCCUCUCAGGCACUUGAUCUGCUGACUCCACCAGUCCCUGCCAAUGCAGCUGCCAGAGUUCGAGCUUUUGUCCGUCGAGGAUCUGCCUUCUGCGAGCUGCAAGCUUAUCCAGAAGGGCUACAAGACUUCCUCGCUGCUCUGAAGAUUGACCCUAAUAAUGAAGCACUGUUGGUGGAUACACAGAGAAUCAGAGACAUCAUUCAAGGAUCUGCUGUCAAUCCUGCCAGUGAGACAGAGUGACACACACGGCAUGUGCUUUGUACGUUAUGUUCAUGAAAUGUUUUAUUUAGCACUGGUUUCAGGUUCUUUAUAAAAUAUUAAAAAUUCUUGUAUUUUAUUUACAAAGGUCAUACAUUUGAAAGCUAAGGAUGGAUAACAAAUGUAUUCUGUACAUCCUUUGUAAACAACAUCCUUUGAAAAAUACAUACUUAUGAAUCGUAUCGUAGGUAAAGCCAAGCUACUUUUUUAGUGUCUAGUGUCUCAUUAAGUAAUACCAUUCUUAGUUUUAAAUGAUUUUCAUGAUCAAUUAAUUGUAUAUUAUAUAAAAUGUUGGGGAAAAAAAACAACAAAAAGAAAUCCAUGUUGAUGUCAUAUUGUGUCCAGUAAAGUCCCGCAUAUUCAGUUCCCAAAAAUCCA